CCAUGGUUGUAGUGCUAAUAAUUUGUCGUUAAAUAUCCAGUGAAACAUUAAUUUUUAACUUUAGUAAACCAGACCAGUAUAAAAACCUUAGUUUAAAGAGCGAUUUUUUUAUGUGAUUGCUUUCUGUGUGAGAAGACGAAAUAUCUUUUAAGAAAAUUGAGUGUAGAUUCGGGCGAGCCAAACGGCUGCCACCAGUGCUCAGUGACGCUGUGACCAGCAUGUUGGGAUUUUAGAAAACAUGACGGCUCCAUUACUUAGACAGACAUGGACGAUGUCAGCGGUGCUGAUCAAUAUGUUCGGGCAGGGCCUGGUGCUGAGCUUCCCAUCCAGCUUACUUCCAGCUCUCAGCAGACCUGACUCCCCCAUCAAAGCUGAUCUUCACACCGCGUCAUGGCUGGGGUCUAUUGUCGGUGUGGCUGGCAUCCCAGGGUUCUUCAUAUCCUCAUUCCUCAUGGAUAUGUUCGGGAGGAAAGUUACUCAUGCUCUGGUGAUACUACCAGCCAUCGUGGGCUGGGUCAUGAUCUACUUCUCGCAAGACAUCACGGUUCUGAUGACUGGACGGUUUCUAGGUGGACUGUCUUCAGCAGCCACCGUCUCCUUAGGAGCUGUCGUGAUAGGAGAAUACACCAGCCCUAAGUACAGAGGAGUCUUCCUGUAUCUCAAGAAUGCUUCCGUGUGCAUGGGAGCUAUGUUCAUUCACAUUAUAAGCGGGUUUUUACAUUGGAGGACGAUUGCAUUGGUUGCCUGUACUCCUCUCCUUUUUGCUUUCUUUGUUGUCUGCACGUGGCCGGAGAGUCCCGCCUGGUUGCUCUCCAAACAACAGUACGACAAGAGUGAGAAAGCAUUCUACUGGCUCCGAGGAAACAAUGAAGCCUCUCGCAGAGAAAUUACUGACACCAUCAAAGCGCAGAGAGAAAGAAUGGCAAAGCCCAAAUUGACACAAAGUUAUGGGGAGCAAAUUAAGGAUUUCCUCAAGAAAUUCACGCAAAAAGACUUCGUGAAACCUGUCUUUAUAACGCUACUGGCUACUAUUGUGCUAGAAAUGAGUGGGAGACACAUAUUCCCUGCCUACCUCCUCCACAUUAUGUCAGAGAUGACUGGAGAGAAGUCGCAGUCGUUCUACUAUACCCUUGGUUCUGAUAUCAUCAUCACCGCGAGCGCUUUGUUUGCCUCAAUUCUAGUGAAAAUGAUGAACAGGCGAACAUUACUCUUCUCCACUGGAUUUGCUGCCUUUGGAGUAUUGAUGGCAGUCUGCACGUAUCUCUUCUUGGAGGCCAAGGGCAUAAUACCUGGUGGACGCUCCUGGAUACCGAUGUCUUUGUUGAUAGUAUACUUCAUACUUGCCAAUUUGGGCUGUGCUCCUAUACCGUUGGCUUUAGUGGGGGAAGUAUUUCCCUUGUCCCACAGAGGAGCAGGGUUAGCUCUCUCUGGAGUUUGGAUAUCUUUAGGUUUGAUAGUAGGACUCAAAUCAACUCCACAUUUAAUAGAUAGCAUCAAAGUCUAUGGAUUUUUCGCCGUGUAUGGAAUCAUAAUGGCGAUAUCUCUUGUCAUACUUUACUUUAUGAUGCCAGAAACCAAAGAUAGGACUCUUCAAGAAAUUGAAAAUUACUUCAACUAUGGAAGGUUUGCGAAUGUUGAUGAUGAUGAUGAGGAAGCGAAUACGAAGAUGAUCAAUGAGUAAGACUGGAGAAUUACGCGUGUGUUUGUAAAUAGUUAACUUGCCCAUGACUUAGUAGAUAGUUUAGUUUUUUAAAUGUAAGUUUAAGCAGUCAUUUUUUAAUAGUAGUGCCUGCCGAGUUAGAUAAGUAAAAAACAAAUUGUGAUGAGUUAGUAGCCUUUGAUGUUAAGUUAAUAAAAUAAAUGUAUUUAUAUUUUAAUGUU